AUGGACAUAGUCAACAGUCGAACUAUAUUUCUUGUUUUUCUUCUAAUUCCAUCGUUUGUAUACGCUCGUGGUACGGGUUCUCUCUACAGUUCUCCAAAUAUGGAGAGAAUUUGUGGAAAAACAAUUCAACUCAAUGGUGAUUCACUUCCGGGAACAUUUUUCAGUCUUUCAUCGGGUUUCUAUCGCGAGAAUCUCGAUUGUUUAUUAACAAUCAAAGCAGCAACAGUCAAUCAACGAAUUAUUAUUGUCGUUGAUAAAAUGGAUAUCGCGUGUGGUGGUGAUAAACUAUUGAUUUAUGAUGGUAAAAAAGAUUAUGUUUCAUUAAUGAAUCCAACCGACUCAUCUCAAUGUGGAAUCCAACAAUACUAUUUACGAACAAAUACAACAAACACUGUAGUAAUCGAAUUCAUUUCGAAUAACGACGGGAAAGUUGGAAGUGGUUUUGUGCUGAAUGUUGCGAUUAAUUUCCCUGUUCAUUCUUGUUCGCAAAAUGAAAAUCUCUAUCGAUGUCGAAAUCAAUUCUGUAUUUCAAAUUUCUUCAAUUGUGACGAUCGAAAUUGGUGUGGAGACAAUACUCAAAAAUUUGUUUGUCGCUAG